AUCCACGUUAAGGUUUUGACUGGUUCCCCAUUGCCCAGGAGAACUAGCUAGCUAGCACAACCACCAGCCGGAGAGUGACAGCAAUGAAUUCCUUGGAACAAGCCGAAGACCUAAAAGCUUUUGAGAGAAGAUUGACAGAAUACGUCUCCUGUUUGCAACCUGCAACAGGGAGGUGGCGAAUGAUUCUAAUAGUGGUCUCUGUUUGUACGGCGACUGGAGCCUGGAACUGGUUGAUAGACCCUGACACACAGAAGGUUUCUUUCUUCUCAUCAUUGUGGAACCAUCCGUUCUUCACCAUCAGCUGCAUCACUUUGAUCGCUCUGUUCUUUGCUGGAAUACACAAACGAGUCGUUGCACCAUCAAUUAUUGCAGCUCGCUGUCGGACGGUUUUAGCAGAAUACAACAUGUCCUGCGAUGAUACAGGGAAACUAAUUCUCAAACCACGGCCACACAUCCAAUAACCACUAACUCUGGGGGGGGUUAAAUGUUCUUAAUCACUAUGUUGAUUGCCAAGAGUAAGCCCCAAGAUUGCCACUGGACAACAGACUGACACAAGGACCAGAAUCCUGUUUGGGGGAUCUGAAACAAUGUAAGGAAGGAGAUUGGGGAAACACUGAGAAGUGAUUAUGUUGAUGUACCCCAUUACGUAUGAAUGAAAAAUUGUGAGGGGAGAUGACAUCAAAUGCCUUUUUAACAGCAUCUCAGUCACUGUUACGGUCUCCCUUAAAGCUGCUUCUGGGCUCACACACCCUUUGACAUAACUCAUUCGCUAUGAGUUCAGAUGUGUUUAUUUCUAAUGAUGACAUUCAUUUGUUUUAGAUAAAUCUUUGUAUUUUUAAACUAAUUGUUAUAUACCUAAUAAAUACUUGUGUGAAGACAUGAA